AGUACAGAAAUGAUUAUUUAUGGCGCAAACAAAAGCAAAACUCCAUAUGUUAAAAUACUGUAUAAAAAUGUUGCCAUCUGUUAAUCACAGUGAAACUCUCCCUCUUUUCCGCAUAACCUAAUUUCAUUGUACGGGUAUAGAAUAGCAAAUGAAAAAGUGAAAUGUCAUCAAUAUCCCAUUCUUUUCGAAGUAACCUAGGUAACAGAUUGCAGAAAUUUGUUUUAUUUAUGAUAACCACAAACAUGUAAUGACAAAUUAUAUUUUAACCCGUAACAUAGGAUUAGCAAAUGGUCAUUGUGUGCGACUGGAUAAAUUACUAUAUUUAUAUAAUUAUUCCUUGUUUGGAGAUACUGAAUACAAGUUUAUAAAAAUAUUUAAAAAUAGCUUAAUCAGUGAAAGUUAAUAUGUUACAGUUCAUAUAGUUUGUGAAUCCGAAAGAAGAAAAUAAUAAUCAAAUCAUCGAUUUGUGAGUUACGAAAUAACGGGACGAUAUUAGUUUUGUUAUAAUCCGAGCAGAUUUGAAAAAAGUAGCGUUAAAUAAAAGUGAAAGUUUGGAUACUAUCAUGGAUAUGUAUAAAUAUAUUGUACUUACCUCUGGAAUAUUUCUGUUUCUUCACGUUGAUGUGACGUACACGUUGACGUUAGGUGAUGUGAAGUGUCAGGUAGGCCCGUACCUAUAUCCUGCAGGAGAAUUCAUGAACCCAGACGAUGCAUGUAGUGUAUGUGAUUGCAUGGAAGAUGGUAGCUAUAACUGUCGGUCAGUGUGCUCGAAACCACCAUGUGGAACUGACCUGUACAGGAAUGAUACAAACUACCCCACGUGUGGUUGUAAAGUGUGUUCGAACAUCUGUCAAAAUAUAAAUCCACCGUGUGGAGAGCUCACAUGUCCAACAUUGAAUCAUUACUACGAACCAAACGAAUGUUGCCCUGAAUGUCGUUGCUGGUAUGAAGGCGUUAUGGUCCCAAGAGGACGUUUCGGCCUCGCAUGUGACAACUGUAGAUGCAAAGCGAAUAUGGAGGUGAUAUGUGAUCGACCAGCUUGUCCUGCCGUAAAACUUCAAUGUGUAGAUGCAACGUUUGACACAGAUUGUAAUUAUAUUUGUCCAAACGGUAAAACAUGCAGCCAAGGACCUCAUGUCAUCAAAUACGGAGAGUUCAAGAAGAUAGGGGAUAAAGUGUGCAUGUGCGUUGGAUCCGACUGGUACCCUCGUGCUUUUUGUGCUAAACCAAUGAAGUUAGGAGACGAUUUCAAGAAGUUAAUGAGGAGAAGAUGUGUUGAUGAUCCUUCAACAUUUCCUACGUGGAAAGAGAUAGCAGCACUUUAGUAAUGUCAUUCAAAUGCAUUAUUUUACAUGAUCUGAUGUGUAAUCUUUUUAUCUUAAAUAGAUCAUCAGAA